GUUUGGUUUUCCAGAUUCUAGUGCAUUUGAUUUAAAUCGAAAGUUAUUAUCUUAUGACACGAGUGAGUGAAGCAUAGAGUGAACAGUAGUCAAAGGAAAGAGGUAUUUACUCAAUUUCGCAAUAACUCAUCUCGCAUCCGUUAACCAGAUCGCUUUCUCCAAAAUGGGCGCUUCAUCAACUCCAAGCUUAUGGUUGGCUCCAAACCCCAGCAAAAGAUGGGGCGAACUUUUCUUCCUUCUUUACACCCCCUUUUGGCUCUCCCUUUGUCUCGGCAUUGUUGUUCCUUUCAAGCUUUAUGAGAACUUCACUGAAUUGGAAUAUCUGCUUCUUGGGUUAGUCUCAGCUAUUCCUUCUUUUCUCAUUCCAUUGCUGCUCGUUGGUAAGGCUGAUAGAGGCAUAUCUUGGAAAGAACGUUAUUGGGUCAAGGCCAGUCUCUGGAUAAUAAUCUUCAGUUAUGUUGGGAAUUAUUUCUGGACUCAUUACUUUUUCACAGUUCUGGGUGCAUCUUAUACCUUUCCAUCAUGGAGAAUGAACAAUGUACCACACACAACAUUCCUGCUCACUCAUGUUUGCUUCCUCUUUUAUCAUGUUGCAUCAAACAUGACACUGCGCCGGUUACGGCAUUAUCUUGCUGAUAUGCCAGAAAAAAUUCAGUGGGCUUUUGAAGCUGCAUGGGUUCUCGCUCUUUCUUAUUUUAUAGCAUACCUGGAGACAUUGGCUAUUUCCAAUUUCCCCUAUUAUACAUUUGUGGAUCGAGAUUCUAUGUACACAGUUGGAUCAUUGUUUUAUGCAAUCUACUUUAUGGUGAGCUUCCCAAUGUUUCUAAGGAUUGAUGAGAAACCUGGCAAUAAAUGGGACUUGCCCAGAGUGGCUGUUGAUGCUUUGGGUGCUGCAAUGCUGGUCACAAUAAUACUUGAUUUAUGGCGCAUCUUUCUGGGGCCUAUCGUUCCGGUCUCCGAAGCAAAACAGUGUUCUCAAACAGGAUUACCCUGGUUUUCAGGUUACGCCAAUCUCACAUGAGCAUUACAUGAAUAGAACUCAGAAAAAUGGAGAGAAUAUGGUUUCCACUACACAUCAAAGCAAUCAUAAAGUGCUGAUUGUUAUGUGGAGAAUCUGCAGAAGAAACAAACUUGGACUAUCCUUGUAUUAAUGCUUGCAGUGCCAAAUUUCUGAUCAGAUAUAUGUUGUGUUUGUAGUGCUUUGAUGUUGUAUUAGGAAGUAGCCAACGCAUUAGCAGUAAUGCAACAUGUUAGAUCUUUAAUUAAUUUUCAGUAAAUUAGUUUAUAAAAAGAAUACAAAAUAGUUAUGUUUAUUAUUUUGGUUAGACAACUUAUGCCAAUGAGGCAGAUUAUCCUACACAUGAUCUUGAAAUAUUUGCUGUGGUUUUUGACCCUAAAA